CCCGUGCGCUGGAGGAAGGGCGAGGGCAUUGGCUCGGGCUCCUUUGGACAGGUCUACCUCGCCCUAAAUUGCGAUACGGGGGAAUUGCUCGCAGUCAAGGAAGUGCCCGCGGGACUGGCGGACUUGGGGGCCACCGGAGGAGGUGGAGGCGGCCGAGGUGGCGGGGGCGCGGCGGAGGCCGUGGCGCAGCUCGAACGCGAGGUGGCGCUUCUCAGCCAGUUGCGACAUCCCAACAUUGUGAGAUAUGUGGGCACGCAGAGGAGCGGCGCGGCGGCGUAUGUUCCCGGGGGCUCCCUGUCCUCGCAGCUGUCCCGUUUCGGGCCCCUGCCUGAGCCGUUGGUGGCCCUCUACACUCGCCAGCUGCUGCUGGGACUGGCGUACCUGCAUGCGCAGAGGACAGUGCACCGCGACGUGAAGGGCGCCAACUUGUUACUUGAGAAGACUGGUGUGCUCAAACUGGCCGACUUCGGGAUGGCCAAACAGCUCAUGGAGCAGGUGUCCUUCACGCGGUCCUUCAAGGGCAGUGCGUACUGGAUGGCCCCCGAGGUCAUCAAGCAGCAGGGCUACGGGGUGCAGGCGGAUAUCUGGUCGGUGGGCUGCACAGUGCUGGAGAUGGCGACAGGUAAGCCCCCCUGGAGUCAGUGCACCAGCCAGGUGCAGGCCAUAUUCAAGAUCGCGUCCUCCCCCGACCUGCCCGCCAUUCCGGAGCACCUCUCACCCCAGGCCUCUGAGUUCAUAUUGCUGUGCUUGCAGCGGGACCCCUCCGCGAGACCCGCCUCGGAGGAGCUCCUCCGACACCCCUUCGUCACCGGA